AUGUUGCUUCUAUCAGAACUUACCCUAUAUUACUUCAACUUGAUAUACUCGCUCGAUACGAUCAGCCAAAGUUCCAAGCGACUGGGCUCUGAAGGCAUUGUCGAGAAUUGGGCUGACAAAGUUGCCAAAUCUGCAAAGUCCCGGCCCAAACCGUCAGCACCACCUAUCCGCACCAUCACAGACGACAUCGACGUUGAAUCGGACAACGUACCUGAGGGGUAUGAACCUCGUAGAGGCAGGGGCGGAAAAUCCCAGCCCAAACCGUCAGCACCACCUAUCCGCACCGUCGCAGAUGACAUUGACGUUGAAUCGGACAACGUACCUGAGGAGUAUGAACCUCAUAGAGGCAGGGGCGGAAAAGCUGUCGUAUACAUGCAUCAGAAACCCAAGAGCAUGCAGAAGGGUAAAAAACGUGCAUUUUCAGCUGUCGACGACUUGGAAGUGGAGGAAGCAAGCGACACCGAUGGAUUCACACACGAAGAGGCAUUCGAAAUGCUCGAUGACCCUGACGCCGCUGCGAAUGGUGAUGCUGGCGAGGACCGAAUUGAAGAUAGCGAUGUGGACAUGGAGGUUGCUGUUCGCUCUACAACAUCUAUGUCUGUAGACAUAUCUAAUAAACAAGCCGUUACGAAGCGCGUCAAGACCGAGGAGGAUACUAGCAGGGGAAGCUCCAUCAACUUGAGAAAAGUAAAACCUAGCAACGCUCAUAUACCUGAUGGCAUCAUCAAGAGCUGGAGAGCAAAGUUCAUUCCAGCGCUCAUGUACUGGAUCGGAAAUUCCAGAUAUGCCUGGACCAUCCCAGAGGAGGAUCUCUGCUAUGCGCUUUACGAAAUAUCUAGCUGUAUUGGUGAUAAGAACCGAAUGUUGCGUGAAUUUGAAGUUGGUACUUACGGAUAUGAACUGGCUGUACAGAGGAUUCACGAGUGGAAGGCCUCAUUUGGCUCAACGGCAAUCACUGUUUUGAUGGCCUUCUUCACCUCAAAUCCAGAUUACCAGACGCAAACUGCACGCAAAGCAUUUGCUGACGAUCAACUUGAGGAUUCACGCUUUAUCUACGAGAACCCCGAGAGCGAAGACAAUCCUGGAGCAUUUUUAUCAGAGUAUUUCUUGCGCACCUUUGCCACGCAUUUAAAUGCAAUUGUAGGGCACAAGAAGGUUGAAACCUUGGACUGCGGAAUAAUGAGUUUUGACACUGCACUUGCAUUGACGGCUGCAGCCGCCGAGCGUGCACUUUCCUUGGUGUCUAACAAUUUUUUGGUCCCAUGUGACUCCUCUGACUCCAACAAGAAAAACCACAAGGUCGAGCUCACGUUCAAUGAGUCGACAAACAGGAUGAGUCAUACUGGAACUGCUUUCUCCGCUGCCAACUGGGAGACGGACACGAAGGCAUACAUGGAAACGAUGAUGGAGCUGUCAGAGAAGCGAGUCAAGGAGAUUGUUGUGCGGGCAACACCUUUUAUAAAGCGUGUGUCAGCACUCUGCCUCCCAACCCACGCUCUCACCUUCGAAUCUGAUUUACUGUUAAUGUGUGUCCCCUCAAUAUCUACCAUCCGCGCUCUACUGCAGGUUCAUUAUCUUCAUGCUGGCAGCGGCUUCGACUGCACAGUACCAUACCCUCCCCCUCAAACAUUUUUACGGACCGGUUAG